CUCCAAUCCCUUUCCCCUCUCCGCCCCCCUCCCCCCUCUCUCUCCUCACCCUCUCGCCAAAAGACUGGAUACAGACCAGAAGGAAAAGGAAAUAAAGAACAGAGAAGAAGAAAGAAAGAAAGAAAGAACAGCACCUACCGAGCAAGCCUUCUCCGACUUCACAUGGGCUGCGGAAUUGUUCCCACGACUCCCCUCCGGGCCUGAACAGAUUCAUACACCACCCAAGAACCGCCCCUUGAUUCCCCCCUCCCCCUUUUUCUGCUCGCGAAUUACUUGGUAGUAGUAUUUCCACAGGAGAACUGCUCCUUUUCCGCUCUGUUUUCCGUGUUUCUCUGCUUGGAAAUUCCUCCGGUUCUUCCUCGUUUGUUCGUGGGGGGCGAGGGGAGGAGGAGGCAUGGGAAAGGAAGGUCCUUGCUGCCAUUGCGGCGUCACGAGCACCCCACUUUGGCGAAAUGGGCCAACACAUAAGCCAGUGCUCUGCAAUGCAUGUGGCUCGAGAUGGAGAACAAAGGGUUCAUUGGAGAAUUACACACCAAUGCAUUCUCGUGAUGAUAUCGAUGCUGAUCAACCUAGAGUUAGCAAGCUGAAGCCGCCGACAUUGAGGCUAGAGGAACAGAGGCAGCUAAAGAAAAGGCCAAGCCACAGCAUAAGGGAGAAUGGAGCAUUUUCUGAUCAAAACUUCUGGAAGAUGGGGGAUGCCGACCCAAGUCGAUCUAGUUCUGGAUCGGCACUAUCAUAUUCAGAGAGUUGUGCCCCAUAUGGUUCUGCUGAUGCUAGUGAAAUGACUGGUUCAGCGCAAUCGCAUGCUUGGGAGUCAUUGGUACCAUCAAAAAAGAGAAGCUGUGUCACUCGGACCAAGUCUUCAUCCGUGGAUAUGCUUGUCAAAGAUCUUCAUUGUAUAAUGCACGAAGAGCAGUUAUCUUACCUUUCUGGAUCCUCAGAGGAAGAUCUAAUUUACCACAGUGCAACUCCUGUGGAUUCCUUUGAGAUUGGUUAUGGAAGUAUGCUUCUGAGAAGUUCAAACUCAAAAUCAGCGGAGGAAGAUUCAGAAGCAAACUCUGUUCCUGCAGAUAAUAAAUCAUACCUUACAAGUGAAUCCUAUUCAGGGACUGCCUCGUUUGUUGUGCAUAGUGAAAGCAAGGGGGCAAGUAAUUCAAAUGCUUCUCCUGAGAAGCCAAAGUGGUUUCCGGUGCAUACACACGAAAUUGCUAAAAGGGGUAAACUUCAUUACUCAAAGCAGCAUACCCUGGAAAAUGUAGGUUCAACUUUAGUUUCAGUAGCUUUAGAGGGAGAAGGCACUAAGGAAACAGGAGGAAAUGAAAAUACCAGUGCUUUGAAAGACCUUACCAAAUCCACCAUGAAGCCUCUCAAAAGGCCUCAUGAAAGCCAGUUGCAAAGCUGCCCAGAAGGAACCAUGAGGAUUGCCAAAAAAGUUUGCAAAUCUGUGGCUAUGGCUCCUCAGUUCAAAGGUUCAUUUUUGCCCAAAUCUGGAGGAGCACCAUUUAACUUACUCAUGUUACCCCCAGAUAAAAUAUCCAUGCUGGCCCCUCCGCAGUACAUGGAUAAUUCUGAUCAAGACUUGCUGCUGGAGGUUCCUCUCAAUGCGCGGCAACCAGAGGCAGAACUUCUUUGCCAACCAUUUCAACUUAGCUCAGUAACCCGCAGCUCCACCUCAGCAGACGUGGUUGCUGAUGGCGAGGGGCGCCUCAAGCAACCCACGUGGGCUUUUGGAGAAAGUAUAACUCAUAUCACCGUGGAAAAUAGAAGAACUCUUUCAUGGGGGAAAUGGAAAAUGAAAAUGAUAUCAGGGAUUCAACCAGUUGCUUAUCUUGGCUCACUUAUUUUCCCACUUGAGCAUGUUGGUGUCUCGAUAACAGGCCCCUCUUUUAGGGAAUGGCAGGUCAUCUUGAUCUCAGACGGUGUCAUGUACAGGCAAGGUUUAAUGUGCCAGUUUAUCGUAAAUUGGAAUCUAACUGGAAUGGUUUAUGAUUGGAUGACUGAUCGAAGGGAUAGAUUUUCGCUAUCAUCUAGUGAUAUGGCAAUCCAGUUAGAUCUGAUUGCAAAAGUACGUGGUGUUCCAGAUGCUGAAGAAUACUUUGAAAAGCUUCCUGAACCACUGAAAGACAAGCGAACAUAUGGGUCUCUUCUCAAUGUUUAUGCCCAAGCUAGGAUGAAAGAGAAAACAGAAUACACAUUUGAGCAGAUGAGGAAAAAAGCGUUUGCAACUGACACAUUACCUUUUAAUGUGUUGAUGAAUUUUUAUGUGGAUGUUGCAGAGCCUGAGAAAGUGUCUACAGUUACUGAUGAGAUGAAGCAAAGAAAUAUCGCCUUUGAUGUCUGCACUUACAACAUUUGGAUAAAGUGCUGUGCAGCUAUGAAAGACGCUGAUGCAAUGGAACGGGUCUUUAACCAGAUGAUUGCUGAUGAGUCUGUUGUUGCCAACUGGACUACUUAUACCACACUUGCUAGCAUGCAUAUCAAGCUGGAGAACUUUGAGAAGGCAGAAGAAUGCCUGAAAGAAGCUGAGAAGCGAGCAACGGGUAGGGAUAAGAAAUGUUUCCAUUUUCUCAUUACACUCUAUAGCCACCUUCAGAAGAAGGAAGAAGUCUACCGCAUUUGGAAUUGGUAUAAAGCAACUUUCAAGACAAUUCAUAACCUGGGUUACCAGGAGGUGCUGUCUGCCCUUGUUAGGCUAGGAGAUAUAGAGGGAGCUGAACUUCUAUACGAAGAAUGGGCAUCCAAAAGUUCUAGUUUCGAUCCGAAGACUAUGAACAUUUUAUUAGCAUGGUAUUCUAGAGAAGGUUUUGUUGUGAAGGUUGAGCAAACUCUGAACAGAUUUGUUGAGAAAGGUGGGAACCCCAAACCAAAUACCUGGGAAAUCCUUGCCACGGCGUACCUGAAGGACAAUCAGUUUGCUGAAUCUCUGUCAUGUUUGGAAAAAGCCACUGCAGUUAAAAGUGCAAGUAAAUGGAGACCAAGACCAACCAAUGUUGAGAGUCUCCUGGCAUAUUUCAAGGAGAAGAAUGACACGGAGAGUAUCGACAGGUUAAUGAGUGUACUCAGAAGUAGAGGGUGUGCUGAGAACGAAGAGUACAAGUCAUUGAUUGACACCUAUGCUUUGGCGGUUGCGGGCACGUGAUGAUGGAUGGACACCAACGAUACAAUAUGAUUAGUAAAUAGCCGUUGAACACUUCUUGUAAUCUGAAUGUCGGAAGAACCCCCGCUUGAGAGUUCAUGUGGUACGGCUCUGUACUUCUUUUCAUUCCAGAGCGGUUAGGUGCAUUUUAUAAGUAGUUUCUCUACAGAAAAUCGGACAAUAAGGUACAUAGAUGAUAGGUCUGCCUUCUUUCUGACCACUUAGUUCAGUUACAAAUUCUCAGAUCAUCAAGAGGAGGCCGUUUACCAGGUUCCUUUGUACUUUCUACAUGUACAUCGACAUUACCAUCAAGGAGUUAAUCGUGCCUUCUCAUGGAAGCGUACAUUUUUCAGUCA